UUUCUGUUAGAAUUGAUUUAGCCGGCAGUCAAAGUUAAUUUUCAACGAGACACCUUCGCCGACAGAUGCCAAAUUUUCUCGGAAAAUCACGUCAUAUCCGCGAUCAUUAUUAUCAUAGAAAAUUUCAUCUCGACAAUGACGAGAGAUCAGGCAGUCUAAUUAACAAUAGAAUAAAAAACAGCGAGAUCGAUAAUAAUUGACGAAUAUAGCAGCAGUGCUGUGUCCGCAAGCGCGUGCAUCACACGUGAUCACACGGUCAUGGCCUCCCGGACGCACGUGCAGCGCGUCCGGAUGCUGUAUAAGACAAUUUUGAGGUUACAUCGCGGUCUACCGGCCGAGGUCCAACCCUUGGGCGACGGUUACGUCCGCGAUGAGUUUCGGAGGCAUAAGGAAUGCGUCGAGAGCGAGGCGAUCAUCUUCCUCCACGAGUGGACUAAUUACGCAGUAUCUCUUGCCGAACAGCUCGGGUUGAGAGGUCCUCAUACGGCAAAACCGCUAGGGCGAUACCUGAAGGAAGAAGACGUCGAGAAGCUACGAGACGAGCAAGUAUACCAGCUGUACGAGCUGAUGAUCGCGGCGACGGGGAAGCCGGAUGACACAAAGAAGACGUAGCUACAUACUGUGCUAAAA